AGGGCAUAUCCAAAUAGCACACGGUACCACAGCAUAGUAUUUUAACUGUACUUUCCUUUUAGCCUGUUUUAUCUUAACCCUGAGAGGUCUGGCUACAACCGUGGCAUUCAUUUUGAAUUGCCAACCUAUCUUUUGAAUAUAUUUUUCUUCCUUCCUAAUUCCCCCUCCUACCCCUUCACUUCCUUAUUCAUGUCGGUCUGAGCUCCACCCAACCCGUGGAAAGAAACUAACUUUUACAAGUCUGGCGAGCCGCUCAAACAAGAGUCAGGAAGAGAGUAUAAAACCGACUCAAAGUAAAAUAAACCAGCUUCAAAUUAUAUGUUUAUAUUUAAACCGACGAAAGAGUGGAGAGUUCAGACCGGACUUUUUUUUUUUUUACUUUUUAAACUUUACAAAGGGUUAAGGACUGCUUCACAACGCUCUCAAUAUGUCUGAGUUGUUCCCCACAGCCAUUGCAGACUUAAGUGACGUUUUAUGCCAGAGUAACAAAAUGAACCAUAUUAUAACUGAUACUCCCGCUGCAAUAGAGCCUCUAAUGGACAGGAAAGCGGUCGGAACACCAGCUGUAGGCCGCAUUGCAAGGCGACAUUCGGUUGGAUUUCCUAGCCAUAAAUUCAGCCCUAACCAACUUGUUGACCUUUCCGCAGGCAUCAUUGGCAACAAAGAAAACAAGUUUAGGGACCGCUCAUUCUCUGACAGUGGAGAGCGGGUAACCCAAAAGCCUAGUGGAUCGGUGAACUCAAGUCGCUACAAGACUGAAUUGUGUCGCCCUUUUGAGGAGAAUGGAUCUUGCAAGUACGGGGAAAAGUGUCAGUUUGCUCACGGUAUGCACGAACUGAGAAGCUUGACCAGACAUCACAAGUACAAGACUGAGCUGUGCCGUACUUACCACACCAUUGGGUUUUGUCCUUAUGGACCACGCUGCCACUUCAUACAUAACGCAGAAGAACGGCGUUUGGUGGGUGCAUGUGACAAGGCACCAUUAUCUCCACCAACCUAUAAUCUAGGAAGACCAAAGUUCCAACACAGCUUUAGCUUUGCUGGUUUCCCUUCAACAUCUGGGCUACUGGACAGCCCUAACUGCUCUACAACUCCGCUGUUUUUUGGCACUGAUGACGUUGUUAGCUCUCCAACCUUGCCUGAUUAUGCCAGUAGCCCUUUCACAAGCCAGGAAAUACCAGUCUUGUUUGCACCUACCAUGGGAAUACAAAUUCCUUUGUGUAGUAUAAUUACUCCUGAGUCGCCAACCUUUCUCCAGGAGCCCAUGUCGGAGACUCCACAUGAAUCUGAAGUGAACCAUCAAGAUUCCCUGUCUGACCAAGAAGGCUACGUGAGCAGUUGUAGCAGUGGCUCUGAUUCUCCCAGCACGGAUGCCUCUAAACGUCUUCCCAUCUUUAGCAGGCUUUCUGUAUCUGAUGACAUUUAGGGUCAUGCUAUGCUAUGCUAUGCUCUACCCCAUUUUUUUUUCCUUGGGGGUAAAAAAUGCCAUUAAUUCAAAACCAUGGAUGACUUUCCCACCAAAUAUCCACUUGCAACGUCUUUCUUGCCUUCUCUUAAAUAUGCCAGAAAGAUAUUUAUAUUUUUUUUAUUUUUAUUUUACAAUAAUGAAUAGUGCCUUUUUAUCUCAAUGUUCUGUUGGGUCUUUCUGACCUUUGCAUACUGUAUAUGCAAAAAACAAAACAAACACUCUUGAAGUCCCUGUAAUGUCGUCAUUUCAAAGUUACUCCAUCAACCCUCCGCUUCAUACCAUGUUUUGGUAUUUGCUUUGGUACCAUUCAAGUCUUCAUCUUUGUGAUCAUGUCUGGACUGCAGAGAAUGGACACAUUCAAUAUUUACGAUUCUGGGAUUAUCCUUUUAGAGGUGUGAUUAUCCUUUAGAGGCCAGUUGGACUUUGAAACAGACUUUUUUAGUUUUUGGUACUGAUUAGGAUAAUUUGAAAUGCAAGUUUUGUAGAAGGUCAUCUUAAUAUGUUCUGUUCCAUUAAUUGACAAAUGAGGUUGCUAAUAUAUUUUUUUUUUUUUUUUUUUUUUUAUACAAGUACCUUCUAGGUGGUGUCCUAACUUUAUAGAGCAUCCUUUUUUUUUUUUUUUUAUUUUGUGUAGCAUUUAAAUGGGAGAGCAAUAAUUAUUUGCUUAUCAAUGCACAAGAAUAUGAACUUAUUUAAAUUAUCAAUUAUAUUUAUUGCUUAACAAUAUUAAUUUGUCAUAUUUAUCAGGAUGGCUGAUCCGUAGAAUAUACUUUUUAUGUUUAACUUAUGAUCUGUGCUCAUCUUAAGAUUUUUA